AUAACACGGAGAAGUAUAAAUUUCAUGGUUAUGUGUCGGAGAAACGGUGAAUCACUUGACAAAAUCUGACUGUGAGCCAUCUGUCAACAUCUCAGGGUAUCACACACAGGACUAAUAGCUCGACUUUUUAUCAUACGAGUGGACAACCUAUAAACAACUUUUCUCCAUCGAGAUGUCAAACACGGGAGGUCGCAGACUGAAGCAGUGGCUGAUGGAGCAGAUCCAGAGCGCGCAAUACUCCGGACUGCAAUGGGAGGACGAAAGCCGCACUUUGUUCCGAAUCCCAUGGAAACACGCAGGGAAACAGGAUUACAACCAAGAAGUAGACGCAUCGAUUUUCAAGGCCUGGGCUGUGUUUAAAGGCAAGUUUAAGGAAGGAGACAAGGCUGAGCCUGCAACAUGGAAGACCAGACUGCGUUGUGCCCUGAAUAAAAGCCCCGACUUUGAGGAGGUGACAGAAAGGUCACAGCUUGACAUCUCUGAACCCUAUAAAGUCUACCGCAUUGUACCUGAGGAAGAGCAGAAGAAUGGCAAAAGCUCGAUGGUAGCCAUGGUAGCUACCACCAGCUCUGGUGAUAUCACUGACAUGGACUGCAGCCCUGCAGAACUAGAGGAGCUCAUUAAAGAGGAGGAGGGCUGUAGUAUCCAGGCCAGUCCAGAGUAUUGGUCUCAGGGCAGCAUCAAUGCUUUCCCAUUGCAUCAGGACCCUCUGCCAUCAGGCAAUCCCAGCUCAGCUUUCUCUCAGAUGAUGAUAAGCUUCUACUAUGGAGGAAAGCUGAUGCACAGCACAGUGGUUAAUCAUUCAGAGGGCUGCCGGAUCUCCCCAGCACAGCAACUGGGUCGUGGUGCUCUAUACAGUUCAGACAGCAUGCAAAGUGUUUAUUUCCCUCCCGCUGAGCACAUUGAGUACGACCGUCAGCGCCAUGUCACACGCAAGCUCUUGGGACACCUGGAGAGAGGCGUACUGGUCCGUGCCAACCAAGAGGGCAUCUUCAUCAAAAGGCUGUGCCAGAGCCGUGUUUUCUGGAUUGGGCUGGGAGAAGUGGGCUCACAAUACAGCCCCAUGCCUUGCAAGCUUGAGAGGGAUGCUGUAGUCAAGAUUUUUGACACAGGAAGGUUUCUUCAAGCUCUUCAGCUGUACCAGGAGGGUCAGUUUCCUGCUCCUGAUCCGACAGUGACUCUUUGUUUUGGAGAGGAGCUCCAUGAUCUGAACAGUGCCAAGAAUAAAUUGAUCAUUGUGCAGAUCAGUGUGGUGCACUGCCAGCACCUGCUGGAGGCACUGAACAUGCGGCGCUCUCAGCCCUACUGCAAUAACCCAAACCUGGAGAUGCCUGAUAAUCUGACCAGUGACCAGAUGGCCCGCAUCUACCAGGACUUGUGCAGCUACAGCUCCCCCCAGAGGCCAGCGUGCUACAGAGACAACAUGCCCAUUACAGCCUGAACUGUGACCUUCCACAAGCGCCUGUAAAUGUGUACCAGACUGAAUGUACAUCACAUUAGGGAGAGUUUCACAAUUAGUUUUGACUGUCUAAAUCCAUACCGGUCACAGUGCAGACAUAAAGAUAAAGAGGAGCAAAUCUGUUAUCAUUUAAGCUAUAGCUCAGUGAUAAGAUGCCCCUGAUAUUUUGUAUAUCAGUAAUAUUUCUAUUUGCAUAUGUACAGCACUAACACAGACUCUGUCUCACACCUCUGAUUAAUUAUUACAAGAGACAGUUAUCAUCCAGCAGAUCAUUUACAUCUAUUACACACAACUAAAGUGUUUCAAAGCCUUAAGAACAAAUUCACCCUUCAGUCUUAUAUCUUUAAAACAAACAUGACAACAGUUUGAUUUAUGAAAGCAAUUUAGUUCUCAAAACUGAAGUCUAUUUUGACAUGCAUCAUUUUUAUUAUUGUUGUUUCUACAGUGGAGUUGCUACCUUAUGUGCUGGCCUUUUGGAUAAACAAACCAAAUAGAAAUAUUUUGUCAUCUAUUUUUACAUUUUUUUUUACAGUAAAUAAAAAAAUCUAUGUAUGAGUUGAUAAAAUUUACAUGCAAUGUAGCAUUACAUUACAGAUAGGUUUUACUAUCAGACUGUUGUAGCCUACAUGACCUUUGUUUCAACAUUUUUUAUAAACUGCAUUUUGAGUAAAACAUGUUUUUUACUGAACUACAGAUGUGCUCGUUUCAUUGUAAUCAAAUUGUUAUUUCACUUAAUGUUGACUGUUGAGUUAUUAAAGAAAAAAAGGGAAAAAAAGACCAGUACACAACAGUAUGGUGCGCUGUGCUGAUGUGCACAGGUUAGACUCAAAAGUUUCUCCUAAAGAUAAUGAGACCAUGUUUUUUUCUAAUUAAUUACAAAUUGCAUUUGUCUUAAAUUCCUGUCAACUAUUUUCCAAAACUUGCCAUACUAUUUUGGACUAUCCAGGUACCUAUUUCAACCAUUUAAAUUGUUGAAUUAUAUUUAUGAGAUUGGUUCUGCACUGAUCCUGCACAUCCACACAGGCCAAGACAAAAUACUGCAAUUCUGACAACAACAAAACUAAACCAUGAUGUUUGUAGUAGACUACCUACCUCAUGCAAGUCUCUGCAUAUAAAACCAUAUGCAAAGCUGUCAGGUGGGAGCAAAAUGUAAAAACAAGAAAUUCUUCACGGAGUAUGCAACAUUUUUCUGCCUGCCUGUUUCAAUGCUUGAGUGACUGAAUAUCACGCUUGAUGGAUGAAACACUCAAAGCUACAACACAAUGUUUCAAUGCCUGAAUCCUUAUAUCAAAUAGAAAAUUCUUGACACCUUAUGCAUAAUUUCCUAUAAAUGUCCAUAUAAUUUAAUGCAACUCGUUAAGAAUCUCAAGAGAUAUUUAGGAUCUUUAUUCGAGCUUUUGUGGUUUGAACAAUGCUUGGCUGCACAAACUACAAAUGUCUGGGCGGUUAAAGCAAAUUUCACACAAGUCUACUAUCUCUGCAGAAGUGGAACAUUAAAAUAUGAAUUUACAAUGUAAAGUUAUUUGAGACA